CAUUGGCCCACAGAAUUACCCAGCCACAGUAACUUAAAGCAUGUGCGAGUGGUUUCGGUAUCUCCACACCCGCUCCUUCCUACAGAAACAGAGACUGAAACUGCUUUUCAGAGCCGAGAGGGACAGGAGAGGAGAGCCUGCGGUGGGCACUGAGGAAUAACUGCUUUUCUGCUUUCAAAGGGGAAAAAAAAGCAAACAACCAGCUGAAGUCUCUGAGCUGCUGACCGUCCUGGAACUGCAGCUAGAUCUGUGAAUACUGCUGGGCUGGCAGGGUGCUGGCAAUUGGAACUAUUUUAGUUAGCAGCUCUGGCAGUGCUGGCCGUCGGGGCUGCAGACAAGGCAUUGCACAGAGCUGCUUGGGCUGUCGGCAUAUUUACAGCCCUUCUUCAGAGGAUACCCUCAGCAACAAGUUGGGAAGACUGGAAGAGAGGAGCUCAACCAUUACCACGCUUAUCCUCAUGAGCCUCUUUAUUGAAGUCUUCUGGAGGAGGAGUCCUCUUUCAGUUCUGCAGAGGCCGCUGGGGCAGAUGACCUGAAUGUGAGCAGGGAAGCAGGGGAAGGCACGUAAACUCCUGCCAAACUGCUGAAUCUCCUUCGACAUUGAAUCUAAACAAGAAGUGGUGACAGCAGGAACAGGAAAAGCAGAGUUUGACUGAGAACACGGGGAGCUGUGCAAGUGCUGAGGGAGCACCAUGGAUUCCUUGCUGGAGUGCGGGGUUCUCUGGCAUCCCAUACUGGAUCAAGAACUCCCAUAUCCGCAGUGGGACCUGGAGGGGCUUGCUGACCUACUCCAAGAGGUUCUCUACAAUGGAUCAGAUGGAAUUCCAGCUGUAUUGAGUCCGACCUACAAACAACGGAAUGAAGAUUUCAGGAAACUCUUCAAACAUCUUCCUGACACGGAGCGCCUCAUCGUAGAUUACUCAUGUGCGCUACAAAGAGACAUUCUCCUGCAGGGCCGCCUCUACCUCUCUGAAAACUGGAUCUGCUUUUACAGCAACAUCUUCCGCUGGGAGACGCUGCUGACAGUUCGCUUGAAGGAUAUCUGCUCGAUGACCAAGGAAAAAACAGCACGGCUCAUUCCUAAUGCCAUCCAAGUUUGCACUGACACUGAAAAGCACUUUUUUACUUCCUUUGGGGCUCGAGACAGGACGUACAUGAUGAUGUUCAGACUCUGGCAGAACGCUCUCCUUGACAAGCCUCUCUGCCCAAAGGAGCUCUGGCACUUUGUCCACCAGUGUUAUGGGAAUGAGCUGGGUCUGACCAGCGAUGAUGAAGAUUAUGUGCCUCCAGAUGAUGAUUUCAACACAAUGGGUUGUAGCUGUACAGAGAGGUGUAAACAUAAAAACCUGUGUUCUCUGUGGCGUCUCAGCUACUGUGAAGAAAUUCCCGUGGAAGAGAAUGAAGUCAAUGACAGCUCCUCAAAAAGCAGCAUGGAGGCCAAGCCAGAAGCUAGCCCUCAGCUGCCAAAGAAAUCAGUAACUGCCAGCACACUGACAUCCACAGGGAGCAGUGAAGCACCAGCCUCAUUUGAUGGGGUGCUACCAGAAGAGGAGGAGGCGGUAGCAGAGAGUCCUGUGGAAAAAGACCUUGGCAUUGCAAAUAUCAUGGGAGAGAAGAUAGAGAUCAUUGCCCCUGUGAACUCCCCUUCCCUGGACUUCAAUGACAAUGAAGAUAUUCCCACUGAGCUCAGCGACUCGUCUGAGACCCAUGAUGAAGGUGAAGUCCAGGCGUUUUAUGAGGACUUGAACGGCCGUCAGUAUGUGAAUGAAGUGUUCAACUUCAGCGUGGACAAACUGUAUGACUUGCUUUUCACGGACUCCCAGUUCCAGAGGGACUUCAUGGAACAGCGCCGGUUCUCUGAUAUUAUCUUUCACCCCUGGAAGAAGGAAGAAAAUGGCAAUCAAACCAGAGUGAUCUUGUAUACCAUUACCCUCACCAACCCUCUGGCUCCCAAAACUGCCACUGUCACUGAGACACAGACAAUGUACAAAGCCAGCCAAGAAAGCGAGUGCUAUGUCAUAGAUGCAGAGGUGCUAACUCACGACGUCCCCUACCAUGAUUAUUUCUACACCAUUAACCGCUACACACUGACUCGUGUUGCCAGAAACAAAAGCCGACUCAGGGUUUCCACAGAGUUACGUUACAGGAAACAGCCUUGGGGGCUGGUAAAAUCCUUCAUUGAGAAGAAUUUCUGGAGCGGCCUGGAAGAUUAUUUCCGUCAUUUAGAAAGUGAACUGACCAAAACAGAGAGCACCUACCUGGCUGAGGUCCACAGACAAUCCCCCAAAGAGAAAGUGAGCAAGCAAUCAACAGUCCGCCGGAGGAAACGGGCCCAUGCCCAUCUGCGGGUACCGCACUUGGAGGAGGUGCUGAGUCCUGUCACCACCCCCACGGAUGAGGAGGUUGCUCACCGAAUCAAACACGUGGCAGGUUCCACACAGACACGGCACAUCCCCGAGGAGAGCCCCAGUGGCUUCCACCUGCAGAGCGUUUCCAAGCUGCUCCUUGUCAUCAGUUUUGUCCUGGUGUUGCUGGUCAUUCUCAAUAUGAUGCUGUUCUACAAACUGUGGAUGUUGGAGUAUACCACCCAGACACUCACAGCAUGGCAGGGCUUGCGGCUACAGGAAAGGUUACCCCAGUCACAGACAGAAUGGGCCCAGUUACUAGAAUCUCAGCAGAAGUAUCACGAUUCAGAGCUACAAAAAUGGCGUGAGAUCAUCAAAUCCUCUGUGAUGCUUCUAGACCAGAUGAAGGAUUCACUAAUAAAUCUCCAGAAUGGCAUCGGGUCCCAGGACUUCGGGUCAGAUCCAGAGGAGAAACGGAAACGUUUCCACUAACAGGCAGGAAUGCAGGAGGCCAGAGGACGGUGUGCAAUAUGUGUAAAUAGGAUAUAUAAAUAUAUAUAUAUAUAAAUAUAUAUACAGAAUAUAAAUAUAUAUAUUAUAUACAGAUUUUAAGAGGAAAAAAAAAAAAAAAGCCUACAUACCGAGAGGAAGGACUGACCUCCAACACUGGCUGAAAUGGAGAGUCUCAGUGGUAGUGAGGGUGUGUGUGUGUGCGUGUGUGUGUGUGUAUGGGAGGGCUGUGCUCUCCUGGCACUGAGGUGCACUUAGGGAUGCACCCAAGUGUGCUACCCUGGGCCUGUUUGCACCACUGUUCUGUAAUAUUCCUGGCUGUUUGUCUGUCUGUUUCGUUUCUGUCGUUUCAAAGGGAAGCAUCAGAGUGAAUGCCCCUCCCCUCCCUGUGCAUGAAGGUCCCUGACUGACGAUCUGUAUCUACACAUAUAAAGGGAACACUGUCAACUUUCUUACCUUGCUGGCUUCAGGGCAGAGAGGUUUUGGCAAUCACCGUCGAUCCCUUACAAAAUGAUCCCCCAUUUGGAGAGGAGGCCUCCAGAGGAAUUGCUGUAGGUCUGUGGAGAGCGGGUCUCCCUGGCAAUCAUCUUCUACGUCUCUUGGAGCAGAAAUGCAAUUUGCUGCCACGCUGGCCAGCCUGGUUCAGAGAGCAAAGCACAGAAUGUAAAUGAGCAUGAAAUGCUUUCUCCAAACACUUAGUUUGCCUCCUCCUGUAAUUGAUAGUGCAUUAACAGCCAAGGAGAGGGCAGGGAGCAGGAGUAUCUGCCCACAUGGUGCUUGGAGGAAGGAGAGCCACACUGCAGAAAGCACACUUCCAUUUCUUUUGACAGUGUCCCCUUUACUUUUGCUGUGGUUCUCUGCUUUCUGUGUGCUUGGGCCCCUGCCAUUAAGCCAUCCCUGUGCUGAAGAUCUACAUUGGUGCUGAUAAGGGCUGCCUGUGGGACUUCUCACAACGGGGAGAGUGCCCCAACUCCAAAAGAAAACCAAAAUGAGUAUUUAUAUGUGAGCACUCCUUCCUGCCAAGCUGUGUGCUAUUAGCACAACAUGGAGUGGGAGAGCUAAGGAAGCAGCAGAACUGUUCUUGCUGUCCUGCUUGGUAGAUUUACCUCUCAUCCCUGGUCUGCGAGAUCCUUUUGCUCAUACCUCUUAGCUCUCAUCUUUUCUUCUGAGCUAUGUAGGAAACAAAUUCUUUUCCUUCAGCGGUGACAGCAAAAAGGAUAUCUUUGCUUUUGAUACUUACAUGCCUGCAUCUACAGCUGCAGGGCCUCCGUCAGCCUAGGAGAGAUAAGGAAGGGCCCCAGGGAAUAAAAAAGAAAAAGUCCAGCUAAGGAGUGUGGGAUAGACAUGGGUGAUACCCACAGUGCAAGGUAGUGACUGGGAUCUCUCCUAAGCUAGACAGCACUGCCUUGGCUCUCUAAGCAAGUCAGGUGGCAGACCUGCAUUAAAAAAAAUAGUAUGCAUUUUUACUUCUCCUAGGAAUCUGGAGAAAUGCCCUAUUACUAGCUACAUGAGGGGAGAGGGACUGUGCUCUGGGUAGGAUGGGGGCUGCAGGAGUAAGCAAUUAAUAAAUGCCUUCUCAUCUUACCCAGCCCGGUAGGUUAGGUGAUGUGCUCAAGUCUCCAUCUUUGUCCAGAACCUCUGUUCAGAACCAGGCCAUGUCCACCUCCUAGAUGGCAGGGAGGAGUCAGCUGUGUGUUCCCCACAAGAAAUGGUGCAGGUCUCAUGUGUCUGUUGGUCUCUAGCUCUAAUUGGCACUGAAAGAGCAGGGGACAAAGGUGAGUGUUUUUUGCAUCUUCAUACAGCAGGAACACAAAUCCACACAGCUGGGGAAAACCCUCACAAGCUUCAGCAUAUGGAGCCCAACCAAUGGCAAGGUACCACUGUUAGAAGUAACGUGCUGAUUUCUCCCAGCCUGCCUAAUAAUUUAAUGACCAAACACUAGACACAGUAUGAGCUAGAGAAGAAGACUGACAAACAGGUUAUUGAAUGCACUUAAAAGACUGUGAAAGCAAGGUACAAUUGGCAAUGCCUCGAGAACUAGGGAGUAACUUGCAUUUAUGACUGUUUCAUUUCAUGCUGCUGACUACUGUGAUGCUCCCUGACUUUUUCCAGGGAUGCUGCUGAAAUGGCUGCUAUACAAUGAAUCUGAGCUGCUAGAGCCUGAGAAGGGCAUCCUGCUGCUCUUCACCUUGGAACCAGGGGGCCCCAGUUCCCUGCUGCUGCCUUGCCACACUGGCUGAGAUGCUCCUUCACCAGUUGCCAAAGCACAGAAAAAUGCUUUGCAGCCCAUCUUGCCCUCUUUUAGUAUUUAAUUCCAUAGGGUAGGAAAAAAUAAAGAGAGAGGAAGGCCUGUGUUUGCUGCCUAGCCAGAAAAGAAAACGCAAGAGAAAGAAACCUGGAAUGGGGGUCUCGGCAGCAUGGUCAGCAAACUUCUGUACGUACACAAACAUAACCCAGCAGAGGACAGAAAGGGUCCAAAAUAAAUGCCAGUAGCUAGAGUUGCCUGCUUACCAAAUCUGACAUUCUCUUGCUAGUUAUGGAGGCAAGAAAUCCCUUUGCUCAUUGGUGCAUCCUCCUUUCUCUGCAGCAUCUCCGCAGACCGCGGUGAUUCUGGCUGUUCCCACUGGUACAGAUUCCUUGGGCUUGGAGACAAAUUAAUGUUACACACAGGCAGCUGUUCAUUAGCACUACUGUUCAUUUUACCUGCAGAUUAAACUGAGUUUAACAUGUUUGACAUAAAUAAUCUGUCCAGCAAGUGGAGCUGGUUUGGAUGUGCUGAAUUUUGGCAGCUACAAAAGAGACUGUCAAAGAAACAUGGCUCCAGCCAAAUGUGAGCAUUCAUGCCAACAGAGUGGCCUGAUUUGUGCCAAGUAAGAUGCUACCUAGCAGCAGGAGGGAGAUGACGAAGCUCUACUUGCCAGUUUGUCUAUGUCACCUGCUUCUGUAGGAGAAUACAUCACUAAUCCUAGCUUGAUAGGAUUUUAAUAAACACAUACCUUUAAAUGAUUACCUAAAAGGAAAUGUUUGGAUUAUGGCAUCUGGGAUGAGCUCAAGGUGGAUUUGAGCACUUUCCCCAUCAGACAGACCAUUUGUUUCAGGAGCUCACCUGGAUGUAGAUGGGGACAGACUUCAGCCUGCUCAUCCCCUCAGCACAAAACUAUGUAGCCUACCCAUAUAUGCUUUUUCCCACCUUCAUAGGAGCCAGUAGAAAGUUCACAACUGGGAACACAGUGCCAGUACUCAAGAUGAGACCUUUUGGAUAUGCUCUGCAAUGAUUUCUGUGACAGGUAGGCCUGCAAUACACUAAAGCUGAGUAGAAGAAACAUCUGCAAGCCUCAUAUUUUGGCUGCAUGUAAGAAGUGCUACUCAGAAGUGCAUAUGUGCAGGCUGUGCUGAGUGCAGCCCUUCCUUGUCACAUGGCCUUUAUCCCUCUUCCUUUCCUGCUAGCUUUCCCUUCU